AUGUCCGAACAAUUGAAGGUAUCUCCAGUAAACAGAUCGCUUCUUAACGACAAAUGGGACGUUGUUCUAUCUAACGUUGUUGUCAAAUCCGGUCUUGGAUUGGGUGCUGGUGUGGUGGCCUCUGUGCUAUUCUUCAGACGUCGUGCAUUCCCAGCCUGGAUUGGACUUGGUUUUGGACUUGGAAGGGGUUACGCUGAAGGUGACGCGAUUUUCCGUUCUUCUGCCGGUUUGAGAACUGUGAAAGCUUAA